AUGUCUUCAUCCCCUACAGCUACUACUCCUACUACUACUACUACUGAGAAGAAGCCUGACGCUUCUCCCACCAUUUCACCUGCUGCUUCCGAGGAGGAGUUAUUCAAGGUUUUCGUUGGUAACUUGAGCUUUUCUACCACUGAUGAAUCUCUUGAAGCAUUCUUCAGUCAAGUAGGCAAAGUAUUAGAAACCAUUAUCAGCAAGCAAGGCCGUAGACCUCGAGGCUAUGGCUUUGUUGGCUACGGUACUGCAGCCGAAGCUGAAAAGGCUAUUGCAAAUCUCGACAAGAAAGAGUUAGAUGGUCGCGAAAUCAGUGUUCAGUUGGCUAAACCUAGAGAGCCCAAACCUGCUGGCGAAAAGAAGAAGAAGAAGAGAAACAGCAAAAAGUCGCGUAAGGUUGAUGAGGGUACCCCUUCAGAAGGAUCCGUUGACCCCAUUUCAUCUGUUGAAACUUCUAAAGAAGUACCUGCAGAGCCCAAGCCAAAAACAACAGUCUUUGUAGCCAACCUCCCCCUUGAUCUCAAGGUCGAUGGUUUGAGCGAGUUGUUCAAAGCUUACCAAGUCGAGUCUACUCUUGUAGCCAUCAAGAGAAAUGGUGGUUCCAAGGGUUAUGGUUUCGUUGAAUUAAAGACAGUUGAUGAAAUGAACAAAGUCUUGAAGGAAUUUGGUGAAGUGGAAAUCGAUGGACGUGUUCUUCACAUUUCUGCAGCUACUUCUGAAAAGAACACUGAAAGAAAGCCCAAAGCCAAGAAAGCCAAGGCCCAACCUGCUGCUGUAUCCGACGGUGAGCAAGAGCCCAAGCCCAAGAAGUCUAGCAGAAAUAGAAAAUCUGCCAGCAAAAAGAAGGCAGCUGCUGACAAGGAGAAGGAAGGCGUUGAGGCUGCCAAAGAAGCGCAAGAAGCUGUUGUUCAAUUAAAGGAAUCAGAUGGUGUUGAGGCUGCACAUCAAGCUCAAGACGCAGUUCUGGAAUUGAAGGAAAAGGACGGUGCUAAGGCUGCACACAAGGCACAAGAUGCCGUCAAGGAGUUGAAGAAGGAAGACGGUGUUGAUGCUGCACAUGAUGCACAAGAUGCUGUGAAAGAUUUGAAGAAUAAGGAUGGCGCCAAGGCUGCUACUGCUGCUACUGAUGCUGCCAAAAAAUAA